AUGUCAAAAGUCAGAAAAUCAACUGCUGAAGCUUCAAAAUCAGCUGCUGAAGAAGCUGAAAAAGGGAAGAAAAGGAAAGAGAGGGUCAAGAAGACCACUGCCAGAAUUUUGGGCAAGUCUUCUAUGAUGAGAGACUCUGAAGAAGAAGAGGAAGAGGAUGCUGCACCAGCACCUAAGACUCAGAAGCUGAUGGGAGAUGCUAUAAAAUCAGGGGUUGCUCCAUCUAAGCCCAAAGCUGCUCCCAAAGCUGCUACUCCAGCUCAGAAACCCAAGAGGAGCACCAGGAACAUCCCAGCAGCAGAGAAGAACAAGGCCCCAAUGGAAGGAUAG